AUGAAAUUAUCAACGUUAGCAUUAUUAACUGGUGCUGUUCUUAGUGCGGAAAUUCCAAAUUGUGCAGAGUCGUGUUUUGAAAAUGAUAUUUGUCAAUCUUCAGAUAAUGAUUGUUUUUGCAAUACAGGUUCUUAUGUCAAUGUAUUAGGUAAUUGUAUUGCUUCCAACUGUAUAAAUACAGAUGUAGAUUAUGCUACGUAUGCUGCUAAAUCAAUAUGCUCUCAACAAGGUAAUAAAAGCCCAUUUUGGCAAGUAUCAGAUGAAAUUAAAUCUGAAAUAUUCAAAGCUCAAGGUAAUUAUCAAGAACCAGAUUAUGAAAUUGCAAUGGAAACAGAAACAGAAACAUAUGAUGAAAUCUUUCCAAAAACCACAAGUUCUAGUGAAGCUCCAAUGAUCACUGGUAAUGUUUUUGUUCAAGGUACAUAUGAUGAAAUUCCAGAUUGUGCUAAAUCUUGUGCUGGUAUUGAUGCUUCGAAAUAUUGUGAUGCUGAUGAAACUAGAUGUUACUGUAAUAAUGGUGCUUUUGUUGAUUUAGUAGGUAAUUGUAUUGCUUCAAAUUGUGUGAAUUCGAAUGUUGUUUCAGCUACUUCAGUCAUUCAGUCAUAUUGUUCUAAAGCCAAUGUUCCAAAUCCAUAUUGGUUAAUCUCAGGCGGUGUUAAGAAUAAAUUAAAUCAAGCUGCAAAUAAGGAAGUAACAACUACAACUGCAACAACUGAUCCUACUGAAAUUCCAAUUUAUGAUUUAUCUGAAAGAAAUGAUUUUAUUAAUUCAAUUAAAUCAAAAUAUGUUCCUUAUUGUGCUCAACCGUGUUUACAAAUUGAAGAAGACCCUGUUGAUUGUAAAAACUCUGAUAUUGGAUGUUACUGUACAUCCACUCCAUAUUCAAAUCCAUUAGGUGAGUGUGUUGCACAUAAUUGUAGAGAUGUAGAUAUUACAGAUUUUAUUGCUAAUGUUAAAGAUACUUGUGAAAGUGUUAAUCAAGAUUGGAUCGUUGAUAGCUGGGUUCAAAAUCAAUUAGAUGAAUCAGAAGGCAAAGAUGUGAAUGAAGAAGCAAUAACUAGUGAAGAAUCACCGGAAACAACAACUAGUGAAGAAUCACCAGAAACAACAACUAGUGACGAAACAACACAAACUAACAAACCAACAAUUGAUUCUACAGGUUAUAGAAAUUCAUUUGCUGCAAUUAUGACUCCAAUAGUUCCAGAUUGUGCUAAACCUUGCUUAGAUUUGGAUUUAAAUGUUUACUGUGAUAAUGAUGAUACUAAUUGUUUCUGUUAUUUGGGUGAUUACGUUAAUCCAGUUGGUUAUUGUGUUGCCGAUAAAUGUAAAGGUCAAGAUGUUAAAGAUUUUAUGACUACAGUAGAUGGUGUUUGUAAAGAAGCUUCAAUAGUUGAUAUGGAACCAUAUUUUGCAAUUAGUAAUAAAGUAAGAGAUAAAUUGAAUGAAGCAGCAAAUGAAGAAUCAACAAAAGAAACAUCAACUUCCUCUACUUCAACUAAAAUCAGUUCAAGUUCAACUUUGACUCCAACUUCAAUUCCAACGGCAAAUUCAUUAGUUGAUUUGAUUUAUCCUGAUGUUCCAACUUGUGCUCAAUCAUGUUUAGCAAAAGAUGCUCCAUAUGUGGAUUGUGAUUAUCAAGAUGCUCAUUGUUAUUGUAUUAUGGGUCCUUACACUGAUUUCAUUGGUGAUUGUGUUUCAAAUAAUUGUUAUGGUCAAGAUGUUAAAGAUUUUUUGAACAUUGCUGAAAAGGUGUGUGGAAAGUAUUCACCAGUUCCAGUUGGUCCAUAUUUUAUGUUGAGCUCAAAAGUUAGAGAUGAAUUGAAUAAUGCGGCUCAAGCUAAUGAAUUAAAACCAGUGACUACAGUUGAACCAUCUACUUCAUCGACUGAAUCUUCAUCAAGCUCAACUAGAAAAACAAGAACUUCAUCAUCAACAACUAUUUCAGAAUUAUCAACUACAUCAGCUGCUCCGACCAGCGUAGAUUAUACAGGUUAUAAAAAUUCAUUUGCUGCAAUAAUGGACCCACUAGUACCUGAUUGUGCUAAACCUUGCUUAGAUUUGGAUUUAAAUGUUUACUGUGACAAUGAUGAUACAAACUGCUUUUGUUAUAUGGGUGAUUAUGUUGAUCCAGUUGGUUAUUGUGUUGCCGAUAAAUGUAAAGGUCAAGAUGUAAAAGAUUUUAUGACUACAGUAGAUGGUGUAUGUAAAGAACAUUCUUUGGUAGACAUGGAGCCUUAUUUUGCAAUUAGCAACGAGGUUAAAGAUGCUUUGAAUGAAGCUGCUGGUUUAGAAAAUGAACAAACUACCUCAUCAUCAGAAACUACAAUUUCAACGACAAUCAGACCAGAAAUAUCUACUUCAUCCGAAGCACCUACUUCAUCAACAAUCAAUUUAUCAUUACCAAGUGAUACUUCAGUGCCUAUAAUCAAUUCAUUUGUUGAUUUAGCUUAUUUAGACUCACCAAAAUGUGCUCAAUCAUGUUUACAAAUGGAUUUACAAGUUAAUUGUGAUUAUGAAGAUGUCCAUUGUUUCUGUAUCAUGGGUCCUUAUACUGAUUUAAUUGGAGAUUGUAUUGCUACUAAUUGUUUUGGUAAAGAGGUGCAAAACUUCAUGAAAAUUGCUGAGAAAGUUUGUGACAAGUAUUCUCCAUUAACUAUUCCUCCGUUUUUUAUGGUUAAUUCAACAAUUAGAGAUAAAUUAUUAUUUGCAGUUGCUGCUGAAGCAUCAACUUUCACUGAAUUACCAACUGAAACAUUAGAUGUUAUUAGUAGUUCAUCUACAGAUAUCACUACCUCAGAACCAACUACUUCAAAAGCUAAUGCAUCAGAGUCUACUACAUUGAAAUCAACUGUUCCUGAAGCUUCUGUUUCAGAAUCAUCAAUUUUUAAGUCUUCAGUGAUAAAAUCAUCAGGUACAGAAGCUACUGAAUUAUCAAAAUCACAAUCAUCAGCUUUAGGUUCGUCAACUCCUUAUUCAUCUAUUUCGGAAUUAAAUACAAUGAAAUCAUCUUUGAGUUUAGAUGCACAAUCAACGAUUGAAGCUCCAACGGAGUCAUCUACAAGUUUAGUUAGUGAAUUAAAUGCUAGUGAGAAUACUUCAGUCAUUAAAAUGUCAAGUUCAACUAUUUCAAAAGCUCUGGUUACAUCUUCAAUUGAAGCUGAAUUCUCAGUCUCAAAUAAACUUAGUUCAACAAUUGCAAAACAUCCAUCUGAACAUGUAAGCAUGCAUUCAAACUCAGAAAGUUCAUUUACAUCAGCUUUAGUUUCAUCAAUGAAUUAUUCAACAACAACAACAAAUUCUGUUAAUACUAAAUAUCCAGAAUUAUUAGCUGCAGAAGCAUUAGCUUUAGAAUCUUCAUCAGUUGCUACAAAUGCUUCAUUAUCUGAUCCAACUCAAACAUUGCAAUCAAUGAAUUCAACUCUUAACUCACUAACUUUAAAUUCAACAAUUAUCACCAAAACUAAAUAUGGAUUUCAUUCAUCAACUAGUGCCGUACUCUUGCCUCAACAAUCAGAAUUUUUGGAUUUAGAAGUCAUUCAAGAAAGUUGUAAAUCAAUUCAAUCUACAAUUUAUACUCAAAUUUCAAAUGCCCAUGUUUCAAUUGAAUCUUGUGAAUCGGAUAUUACUUCAGUCGAAAACAUUUAUAAAACUGCGACAAUCACUAAAACUAUUCAAAGUUGUGAAUCAGAAUUAAGCUCAUUAUCAUCAAUUAAAUCAGAAGCUAAUAAAGUGUUAAAUUCCCAUGUUUCAGAAUUAUCAUCAAUUGUUAGUAUUCAAGUCGGAGUUGCAAAUGAACAAAUGUCAUUAGCAAAAGAAAUUGAUAACGAACCAGAAAUUGAAGAAGCUUCCAAAAACGUUCAGGCUGCUAUUGCAGCUCAAAGCUCAUUAUCUGAAGCGAUUAAUGAUGUUCCAAAAGAAGAAUCUGAACACAAUAUUAUUGAGUUAGCUAAUAGAGCCUCAACUAGUGUUGUUUUCUCCGGAUUGUUAGGUUUAGCUAGUAUUUUAUUAGUUAUCAUUAUGUAG